CAACGAGACAAGGCCACACGUCUCAGUAAAGCUUGAAUAAGCUAAUAUAGAUUUAUUUAUCCACUUGGUAGUAUAAUAACGACACGGUAUUUCUUCCUCAGAACGAGAAGCGUGACGUCCUAACUUGCAAGUAAAAUUCAUCCAAAACGGUUGAUGUAUUCGCAUUUCUCUUUAUCUGGAGAGGACUAAGCCUAGGGGUUCACAGAGUAUUUUCUCCGCCAACAAAUUGACAGUACGGCGUACAGGACCUGCCAUUGCGGUUCUCAUGAAUAAAGUUAUUGCCCCUUGGCCGCGCCUUCCAGUCUGGGCUCCGAUUAGGCAGAACCGGUCGCAAUCAUCAUUGGCCAGGGCUGCGGGAAGGUGCAACCCAAGCACACCUUGCUGGUACAUUUCACAUUCGCUGUGCGGCGGCUGAAUGCAGCCUUUUGUCUUCAUUCGAUCACGUGCCUAAUGUAGCUAGUCACUAGCUGUUCCUACCAGCACUGUUUCCGUUUCCCAAAUGCUGAGUUGACACCCUUCGUCACUACCAACCCACAUCAACAACCGCCACCUCAAUCCUACCUAUCUAGUUGAAGCUGACUACGGUAUCCAACGCAUGCAUUCUAUUUAUUUUCAUCACAAACAAUGCGUACAAGCUAGGUCAGAUUCGACGAGAGAAGUGCAACGUCCCAGGCUUAAUCACCCAACCCUGUUAGAAUUGUUGCUUGAACGGAACACCUUUGGCGGGUGAUCAGAUGAGGGGUCAUUCAGUUGAUUUCUCUUAUUCCCCAAUUUCGAAAGCAGCCUGCAUACCUUACCUUACCUUACCCUUACUUUUACCUGCCAUGCCCUACCUGCCUAGGAUCCUGUAUUGAAGCAAUUGCCAAAUUUUUGCCAAGAUCGUUGUCUUCAUCUUGGUAACAAUCUUCGCCAUCGGCACUCGCCCACCAUGGCCAACCAGGACCUCUUUGUCUUGGAAUGGAGAGACCAGGAAGAUCGUGCUGUCGCGCAAUACAAUGAAGUGAACAAACGCCGCAAAUUAGAGCAGGAGAAUUUGGCGCUCAAAACCCUCCUGCGCGAGCAUGGUAUCUGUUGGUCACCCAAACUGAAGCAUCGCCCCGAGUUUUUCAAUGGAACAUUCGACCACCGCUUCUCAUCUGAAGGUCGCAAGGUCCGCACCCGUGUCACACGUGCUCAGACUGCCGCUCAAAAGGCCGUUCGAGAGGCUGCUGAGAACGGCCUCAAGCUUCCGAUGGAGAUUCUUUUAAUGAUCACCGAGUACGCAAUGGCUGGCAACACUCCGAUCAUUGACCCUUUGUCGAAGCCAUCCCGCCAAAAUCUCACCAAGGUAGAGACCAAAAAGGGCAGCGAAGUGGCAUAUGGUCUGUUGGGCGUGAACAGAGCCAUCAGGGAAGAAGCCUCCAAGAUAAUGUGGUCCAAGAACACCUUGACCUUCACCACCAUCGACGCCGUGCACAACAUGAUCCAACUUCCUCUGGCCGUCCGUUCCGAGAUCAAAAACAUCAAUCUUCGAGUCAUUGCUCGUUAUUACAACGAGAACGACGACCCCGUCACCCUCAAAAAGAGCAGGUAUCCAAACCUUCCUCGCACUAUUGAGCUGCCCAUCAAUAAGCGGCCCAGAUCACACAAGGCCGCCCACGGAGGAUUUCGCAGCUACUCUUGGCUUCAGGUUGCAGACUUUCUGCAAGCACUGUUGCCCCCUUAUGAUCCGGAGCAUUCCAGCUCCACCAAACAGCCAAAGAGACAAGCCCUUCUCUUCCCGAAUCUAGACACCAUGAGAAUCGAUCUGAUCAAUUUUGCCCAAGACCUCCUCCGAUACAUUCCAGGCAACUGCAUCCACGACAUUGCGGCCCAUGAGCUUACAAGCGUCUUGAGCGAGCUCACAGUCACAGGCUUGCCUUGCUGUCAAGUCGGCAUCAAGGUUGGGAUGGAUCUCUCCCAGAUGCUCCGCGACAAUGGUCUCUUCCUCGAUGCGUCUAGCGCAUAUAUUAUGCCCAGAGGAAAAAGGCUCACGCCCGUCGGGGGAAAGAUCCCCAUGUCUUUCAAGGUGAUUCGUCCACGGAUUUUAAUGGAGAUGACCGACGAAGAUAAGGAGACCUUUGACAUAACCGAAGAGGGCGACAUUCACUACAUGCCCAACAUAUACGGCAGUCACCACCACCCACACUCCCCAGGCUACAACCCUGACCCGGUGCCUUUGACUCUCAAAGGGCCGCACUCCUGCGAGGAUGAUCAGAUCUGGAAGAGGGUUCCAAAAACACUGGGUUCCGAGGAGCGGGAAUGGGUAUCGUUUGAGAGUGAUCUCGGUCUGAAUGAGGAUGAUGUAAUCUGGGAUAGAAUUUCAGACCUGGAUAUCGACUCUGAGGCUGAUCUUUCCGACUUUCAUUCCUUUUUGGAUCCAGAGGACAAGCGUGCCGUGUGCCGCAAGUGCAACAAAAUCCACUGGGAUCCCUACGAUUCAGAGUAACAAGCCGAUUCAGUCCUUGUGUCAUUACUGCAUAAUGGCCACAGAAAAGACAUGAAGACCGUUUCAUUUAUGGUCUGGGUGUAAGUUGCAGCAGCUAGCUCAAGAAAAGAGAGUUGAAAUUUUGGUAGUGUACUUCGACAGAGCACAGGGUUCUGAUAUAUGAGCCGAAGGGGUUUCUUGAUUUUGCUAUCACGGACAGACUGCUUUUGCUCUGGUGGCAUGUACUGUUGUUGUUGAGUACAUUGUAUGUAGUAAUAAUGUAGUCAAGCGAUAAACGGAGUUCUCAUUUUGAUGAUUGAGAGGUCUUUCAAGGUUCC